UUUUUUUUUUCAUGUGUAGGUUUUUAUUGUAUAAAGGGAAACAACCUAUUUUGCUUGCUCAUCUUAUUACAAGACCAAAACAUUCCAUCGUUAAUCAAGCUUUUGAUUCUAGAUUACGGCUUGAUACAAGACGUCCCCUCAAUGGGGAUGGUUUCGGGGUGGGUUGGUAUGAUAGUGAGACACGAGAAAAUGAUGAAGAAUCAGUUACACCUUGCAUCUUUACAUCCGUAACACCUGCUUGGAAUAAUACAAAUUUAGUUCGACUAGCAGAAAAAAUUCGAAGUCCUUUAGUAUUUGCACAUGUACGUGCAAGUACUUCAGGUGCUGUAUCUGAAACAAAUUGUCAUCCUUGGUCAUAUGGUCGUCUCAUGUGGAUGCAUAAUGGCGGCAUUGCAGAAUUUGAGAAAAUUAAGCGUAAAUUACAAAAUUCAUUACCUGAAGAGCUCUUUUUGUUUGUACAAGGAAAUACGGAUUCAGAAUGGGCUUUCGCAUUAUUUUUAAGCUUUCUUUCUAAUCCUAAAGCUUCUUCAUUCGAACAUCAAGAGUUAAAAGAAGCUAUGUUAAAGACAGUUGCACAAUUAAAUGCUUGGGCAGAAGAAUUCAAUAUUACUGAACCUUCUUUAUUGAAUUUUGCAGUGACAGAUGGACAAAGUGUAGUUUGUAUUCGAUAUAUUAGCUCUAAAACAGAAGAAGCAGCUUCCUUGUACUUUUCCUCAGGUACAAGAUUUGAAUGUUAUCGACCUGGUCAUUAUAGAAUGGUAAAAGCAGAUAGAAGAGAAGAUAUCGUUGUUGUUGCCAGUGAGCCUCUAACAUUUGAAAAAGCAGACUGGUUAACAAUUCCUACCAACACCAUUUUAGUCAUCACUCCUAAAUUAAAUGUAUUAUUGCAGCCUAUUAAAGAUAAAUUUUAUGCAUCAGAAAGAGGCUUAGAAGUAAAAAUAGGAAAUGAAGAAAAAGAUACAGUCAUUAUACCAGAUCCUAAAGCACAAUCAUUAAAAGUUUAAAUUAGAAAACAAUCGCGACAACAAGAGCAUGGCUUUGUGAUUUAGAAAUUGUAUUUCAUAUAUUUCUGUGAGAUUCAUCCUUUGUUUAAAUUAAAAAAAAAAAAAAAAA